GUAAAGUUCAAUUAAAUAUCGUAUUAUUAUUCGCACUGGUCUUCCGCGCCGCCAUCGACGACCGGGCGAUCCCGAAUCGUACGAUGCUCAACACAUACACCCGAAAACAACAUGCCAUUUGAGCUCGUUUUUUCAAUUAUGCUCUUAGAAAGCAUCUGAGUGCAUUGCGAAAUGACUCUGAAACCUUUUACGUUUAUCCGAUGAGACGAGAAUGGCUCGGUGGUUUAUAGUAACAUAAUUUGAUCACUAAUUUCCCUCAGAUGAUUCUUUGUGAUGUAUCUGGGUAUAUAUUCCAUCCCUCAACCACCAGUUCAUGCAUCCUAUCUCCUAUCAACCAGAUUACUGCAACAGUACAACAAUAAGCACAAGCCUCCAACGAUACUAUUGAACAACUACCAACUACAAACAAUCAUCAAUUAUACCAAAGACAAUUCUUAUUCAAUCAUAAUGGCACAAACAACCUCUCACGUCCGUGCUUCCAAAACCCAACCUAUCACCAUCCCAGCGCCAAGCAAGAAGACCAGCUCAAGUGGAGCUCUACCAGAACUACCCCUAUUCUCGUUACUAGAGCCCGGCAGUCCAGCCCUCAGCGACUGCGAGUCCGCAUUGGACGAAGACGAUACCGCGUACGACAUGUACCACCUACCUGCACACCACCGAAGGAACGCCCUGAGCUUCGAAGACGGCUUCGAAUUCCCCAUGUUCCUCCGCAGAAGAAUGUCGGCGCCCCAUCUGAAGUGAACGGGAUUUCCGCUUUCAGCUGGUCCUGAAAUGCGGCGGGGAAGAGAUCGCAUAUGCACACACACUUACCGGACCUCACCUUCACCUCGUCCAGCCCGCCACAUCUAUAUAGGCGGAUUACCGACGUCUUAGCUAGCGGCGCUCGCUGGGAACGGGAAUAUGGUCCGGCCGACCGACGAGACGGCAUCGUCUCAACAAGACAUCCUCAAACCCCCGCAUUGGAAGCAAUUGAAGAAAAAAAUAGGGAUGGAAUUAUUGAUUAUCACGGGUGUUCGGAUUGGGAAAAACAACUCCUUCGGUUUCUGGCGUUUGGAAUGGGAUGGGAUGGGCUAUCUGGUUGCCAGCAAAGCAUGCUCUGGCGUUCUAACAUGGAUGGUGCUACUUACAGCUGGACAACAGCUUCGCGCUGUCGCGGCGGGUGUAUUCUACAAAAAUUGUUUGAAUAUUCCUAGUUAACCCACCUGGGGUUCGGUGUAUGAAUAACUAAGCGGACUUCGCUAAGUAUAGGUGCCUGUUUAGGUACGUUGACUACCUAAUAUCAUAAGAUAUUCUUCUAUGA